UGGUACCCCAUCCCCGAGAGACUUAGUCAGGAUCAGCGCGUCGAUCAGUCGACAUCCAUUUCCAGUGCGGACACACGCAAGUGCUCGCGGCCAUUCGACGGACCUAUUGAGAAAAGAGAAGCUCGCGGUUGGGCCCGACGGGCCUGGACCCCGAGCCGAAAUUUUUGGAUUCAAAUGGUCUCGAUCAACGACAAUUUUUAUUACCAAUGUAUGUUUAGUGUUUGUCUAUGUGUUUCGUUUUAUAAUGGUCGAGUGAAUUGCAAUUAGGCGGGAUACGUAGAACGAAACGUUGUGAGAUUUGUCAGAAGGUAGGACGGCCGAUAUCGUUUUCACGAAGGGUUUAGUGAGGUGCGGUAGUGAAGUUUACAACAUUCGGUGUCGGAAUAAAGUCGUCGGAACUAUUUUGCAGUGGCUUGGUUCGGCUGAGAUGACGGUUACCACUAAUUUCUCGAUGAUGAGACCAUGUUUCACUGGAUAUUCCUUUCAAGAUAUAGGAUCGAUACCGGGCCAGGGCCGCGUAAAUCAACUCGGUGGUAUCUUCAUCAAUGGACGACCGCUGCCUAAUCACAUCAGAUUGAAAAUCGUCGAGAUGGCCGCUGCGGGGGUCAGGCCGUGCGUUAUAUCGAGACAAUUGAGGGUGUCCCAUGGAUGCGUGUCGAAGAUUUUAAAUCGCUAUCAGGAGACUGGUAGCAUCAGACCCGGAGUUAUCGGCGGCAGCAAACCACGUGUGGCCACGCCGGAAGUGGAGGCGAGAAUCGAGGAAUACAAGCGCGACAACCCGGGUAUGUUCUCAUGGGAAAUCAGAGAUCGACUGAUCAAAGAAGGCAUCUGCGAACGGACCAGCGCUCCGAGUGUGUCCGCAAUUUCACGACUACUCCGGGGUCGCGAUUCCGAAGACGACGUUAAAUUAGGAAAAACAAGUUCUGGAUCCGAUUGCGAGAGCGAGCCAGGAAUUACGUUGAAAAGGAAGCAGCGCAGGAGCAGGACCACCUUUACAGCCCACCAGCUGGAUGAGUUGGAACGGGCGUUCGAGAAGACUCAAUAUCCUGACAUCUACGUCAGAGAAGAGCUUGCCCAGAGAACGAGAUUGUCAGAGGCCAGGAUACAAGUGUGGUUCAGUAACAGAAGAGCCAGAUUGAGAAAGCAUAUCUCUUCGUCGUCGUCUGCUGGAUACGUCGGUUCCGUAGCCUAUCCGACCGGCUAUGUUAUUCAUCCACCGGCACCUCAUCCUCACGCGGCAGCAGCCAUGCCGCCGGGUCAUCCACACCCGCAUCCGCAUCCGCAUCCUCAGAGUCUGCCAGACACCGCGUUUGCUUCCGGUCAAGUUUCAGAAUUGUAUUCGUCUCAUCAUGCAUCGGUGACUCAUCAACUGGCGGACUCCGCGGCACGAUUACCCUCGACCGUAGGAUCGCCCUCGACUUACAGUUUUCCGGCCGCGGUGACGUACCCCAAUUUAUCGGUAUUGUCGCCAGCCUCGUCGACGACGGCUCAUAUGGCUCACCAAGCUGCCUCCACGUCGUCCAGCUAUCAGCAAACCAGUGCUCACCAGCUACCGCCGACUCCGAACUCUCUCGUCACCAUGAUGGGUCCGAAUUCGGGCAACUCGACAUCCGCUCCCGAUCAAUUAGCCCCGUCGGAACUCCCGAUCAGCUCGGUCUCACCUCCUCAACAGCAGCAACAGCCACAGCCGCCACAACAACAAACCCAACAACAGACCAGUCAAGGGACCACAUCGCCGUCAUGGAAUCUCGCGAUCACCGCCAGUGGCAGUAGAGUCAAUCUAUCGAGUCCGCCAACGGCUCUGCAGCAACAUCAUGCCUACACUCAUCCUCAUCAAACUUUUGCUAGCCCUUAUACUGCGCAGAGCUUUCAGCAGCCAGCUAGGCCAGCGCCACAAACAUUCUGGUAUUAAAGUAUGAAAUUAGUUAUUAACUUGUAAAAAAUUGUAGACUGACUAACAGUUGCGCCAUUAAAAGAGCAAAAAGAAUAUAGGCAAUGAUAGGUCUUAGUUCUUUUGUUGAGCCUAUUUGAAGAGUAUCUUCAAGAAAUGUCAUAAUUUAAUCUGAUCACUUGAUUACAGAAUGUAAUGUUGAUAUCACUAAGUGACAAGUUAUAUUAAUAGUUAGUUAGAUUUAGUUCUAUUGAAAUCAUAACAUAGUAGAAAUACAUCAGAUGGAUAAGUUAAUGUAUCAAGAUAACUUAAGCUGAAUUGUUUUCUUAAAAAAGAGAUAGAUACAUAUACACAUAUGUCUAUACAUAUAUAGUAUAUAUAUACAUAAAUACAAAAAACUAGUAAUUGUAAUUAAACUUUACAGUGUAAAGUGUUGUGUACAAAUGAGUUUUAAAAGGCCUUAUUAAUCAUAUAUUUCUUAAAUAAUAAAAAGUUACUCUG